AUGCUAAAUCGUGUUAACUUGGGCUUUUAUCGAUUGACGAUUGCCGCUGGAACAGAACUUGAGAAACGUAUCCUCUCUUAUUCAGUUGCUUUUCACGGGAUGCUACUUCUAAUACCAAAGAGUAUAAUGGAUCCUUCACACAAUUGGAUGAUCAUGGUUAUUUUCAAGCAGAUGGAUCUCAUAUGUGUAUCGGUUGAUCACAUCAGGGGUGCAAUCAGACAAUGGAUCACUAGUCUAUUAUUUACCUGCUUUAAUCCAUAUGCUUCUGGGGCAGUGGUUGGGGUAGAUGGGCAAAGUGUUGGUCAACAAGCAUAUUUUUCUUCACGUGGAUACCUUCCACAUCCUGUUUUCUAUGGAUCAGAAGCCAUGCCUUGCUAUUCAUGGGAUUCAGCAUAUUUUAGUGAUGUCUCAAAUGGCAAUACUGGUUCUCAAAAUGGAAAAUAUGGAUCAGCUUCUACUUUUGCCAAGUCCAGUGGUUUUAACUCUAUGAAGUCUAAUGACAAUACUGCUGGAAAAUCAAAAUUGAUUUUGAAGUUUGUUGUGCUUGUGUCUGCAUUGGGUUCUGAUUUCUCAGCAGGUCUCUCGAAAGGAUACCAUCCUGUAGGAAAUUUGCCUCCUUUUUCUAUCCAAAAACAUGGUCCAUUCCCGCAUAAUUGUCCUAUGAACUAUAGACAGAACGGAAGGAUAUGGAAUGGAAAUGAUAGAAAUAAAUCUGGAGACAGAUUCUAUAAAAACAGUGAUUUUGAAACCUCAAAUGAACUAACUUCUGGUCCUAGGGGCUCUAACAAAUUUCCUUCUCUGGAGACUGCUGUCAAGGAAGACUUGGGAAUCACUGUACAAAGAGAUCAGUAUAACAAACCAGAUUUUGAAACUAAGUACGCAGAUGCUAAGUUCUAUGUUAUCAAAUCUUACAAUGAAGAUGACAUUCAUAAGAGCAUUAAAUAUGAUGUAUGGGCAAGCACUCCAAAUGGCAAUAAGAAGUUAGAUGCAGCAUUCCAUGAAGCAGAACAGAGAUCUUGA